UUUCUUGAACUUUCUUGCGUUUGUUUGUUUCCAGGGAAUGUGUGUAAAACUUUCUUGCAUUUUCUUGGAAAGUUUGAGGCUUUUCUUGGUGUACUUAUCUGGGUUACUUUUGUUUGAUCAGGUGAGUGGAGAAGUAUAUUAAAAUGGAGCAAGAUCAAGAAAAGAAGCAGCAUGUCUGCAAAUUGUGUAACAAGAGCUUCAUGAGUGGUAGAAUAUUGGGUGGUCACAUGAGAGCUCAUAGUGUUAAAGAUUCAGUUCAAGAAGAUGAAAAUCUUGAAAAGAAUAAUAUGGGCAGUGAAGGUUCUUAUGGGCUAAGAGAUAACCCCAAGAAAUCCUGGAAAUCUUCAGUCUUGAAUGAUGAUAAUUGUGUGUUUUCAGUUCAAGAUCGUGUGGAAUGUAGAAUCUGUGGCAAACAAUUUGAGUCUCCGAGAUCUCUUCAUGGUCAUAUGAGGCAUCAUUCAGCAGAAGAAAGGAGCAGAAUUUGCUGCAAAGAAUGUGGAAAAUGGUUCAAGACAGUGAGAUCUCUAACUGGUCAUAUGAGGUUGCAUUCCUUAAAGAGUAAGCUUUCUCAAGAAUCAAGAACUAGCUCAAUGCCUAACUUGGUUGUAAUAAAUUCUAAGACUGUGAAUCUUGUGAGAAGGAAGAGGUCUGAUCGAAAAAGGUACAAGGUUUUUUCCCCUAAUGCUUCAUUUUCUAGCUUGAAUGAAUAUGAAUCUGGUUUUGACAUUGAGAAUGAAGAUGAGGAAGUGGCUAUGGUUUUGUUGAUGUUAUCUAGAGGUGAAUGUGAAUUGGGUGAGUUUAAAUCUGUUGAUAAGUCUUUAGAUUAUGAUGAUUCUUUGUCAUUUGAGGCUAAAUCUUUGUCUGAAACUAAGACAAUUGCGAGUGAGUCUUUUGAUGCUGUUUCUUUGUCAUUUGAGGCUAAAUCUUUGUGUGGAAAUAAGAGUGUUGGGAGUAAUAAGAAUGGAGCUGAUGUUUUCGCCAACGACGGUUAUGAUGAUGAGCUAGUCAAGAAGAAGAAGCCGAGAGUUGAGAUGUUUAAUUCUUGUAGUGAUUGUGAUUGUAGUAUGGGAAUUGAGAAAAAGAAGAUUCAAUUGGAGCUUCCCAUUGAGAGUUUUUACCAGCCAGUUGAUUCCACUAGGCCUGAAGUGGAUGGUGAAUCUGGAUUAGUGCUGUGUGAUACAGAGAUAAACAAGGGAAUCCAUGAUGAAGUGGAUACUAAAUCAGAUUCAAGCCAAAUUUACAGGGAUAAAAUUGGAUUGGAUCUUGAUACUAAUCCAAGCAAUGAUGCUGAUUUUGAUUCUUGUGAUUCUGAAACCAUAAAUUCUGGUUCAGAUUUGGAUGAUUCUAAGAAGAAGAGUCAAUUUCAGUGCAAAAUCUGCAACAAGUUAUUUCCCACUCAUCAGUCACUUGGUGGACACCAAACACUGCACAGAACCAGAAAAAGCUGUGCUGCGCUUAAGAUUGAUCACUGCCAGGCUAACACUGAGAUUGACAAGCUUGAUAGCAUUACAAUGGAGGAGGAUGAGAAUGGAAUGAGUAAUACAGAAAAUGUGUUAAAGAAGAGGAAGAAGCAUAAAUGCCUCAUCUGCUUUAAGUUUUUUGCUUCAGGCCAAGCUUUAGGGGGUCACAAGCGGACUCAUGUUGUUAAAUUCAAAGACGAGCAGAAUAUGGAAAUCCAACAAGAAGUUCCUGAUUCAUAUGCUGGUGUUGCAUUUGAUCUUAACCUCCCUGUCAUGGUUGACACUAUGAUAGCCAAUACUGAAGCUGGGUUCAAGUCGUGUUGGCCGAGAAACAGCUACAAGCAUGAGACAUUACUUGAUGUUGUUGCUACCUAAGGCAAUUUGUGCUGUUCAAGUUACUGCAGAACAUUGUGAAUUUGAUAUUCAAGUUACUGCAGAAUAUGGUGAUUGAUCUUCAAGUUACUGCUCAUAGGCUCAUAGCUUACAAGUUUAUUAUAGAAAUAAACUUUAGAACUUUUGAGGACCACAUUGUUGAAAUACUUUAGAAUUUUGAUACUGAAAUAGGAAUUAUUUGGUCUUAUUUUUGCAAGUUAGUGUUCUUACAGGCAUAUAUAUCAUUAGGAAGAGGAAACAGAAAUUUUGUUCUUCAUCUGGUUUCUCAUACUUUUGUAAAGGGUUCAAAACAAGUUGCAAUAUAAC